AGACUUCUCCGCUCUGAAUGUACUAAAGGAAAUUAUGAAAUGGUAAUAGUACCUAUAGACUUGUGGGAUUUUGGUGGACAAAAAGUCUACCAAAUGACUCACCAGCUAUUCAUAACUAGUAGGGGAACAUUUCUGCUGAUAUUCAAUGGUAGCAAGGAAAUUAAUGAAGAAAUACCAGAUUAUACAGAACUCCCCGGAUGUCAGGGACAAAGAAAUACAGCAGUUUACCUGGUACAUUGGGUUAAUUCUGUCCUAACAUAUUGUAAGACAUUGACACACAACGAAGAGUAUCCAAAAAUAAAAUUUGUUGCGACCCACAAGGAUCAAGUCAAAGGUGAUGUAGAGGAGCAGAGAUGUUCAUUGGAAAACUCAAUCGAAGAACUCUUUCAAAACCAUGGAGGUAAAAAACAUCUUCAAUACAAACCACUUAUCUUUGUUGAUGCAAGAAACAAGGAAGACGAAGAACUAGCCACAUUAAAGAAACAGUUGGUUGACGUUGCAUUAGACCAUCCUCGCUGUGGGGAACUGAUGCCGACCAAGUUUGUACCCCUGGAACUUCAAUUGGCCAAAAUGGUAGAGAAAAACAAGAAAAUACUAACUAUGGAUGAACUUGAUGACAUAAACAAACAAAAUGAGCAAUCAGCAUUAAGUCCUAAUCAGUUAAAGAAGUUUCUGAAGGUUAACCAUGCCCUGGGAAAACUGAUCUACUUUGACGUAGCUUGCCUGAGAGAUAAAGUUAUAAUAGAUCCUGUGUUUUUGGUGGAUGUACUACGUUCGAUCGUCACUGAUGAACAGUUCUGGCCGGAAUAUCUCAAAGAAAUCUUAAAAGCUCUAAAAGAAAGCGGGAAAUUGUUUAUACAGGAUGUAUUUGAAAUAUGGAAGCAGAAGUGUUUUCGAGAGAUAUUAGAUCAUAAAGAUUAUAUGGUAGAAAUGUUAGUUCAUUUGGACAUAAUUUGUAGACAAAAAAGCGAUGACGAAAUAUCAGAUUUUUUCUUGGUGCCAUGCAUGAUUAGUACCAAAAGAGAAGAGAGCCAACAGAUAGAGCUUGACAGAAGCAUCCAUCUGGCUUAUAUGUUUAAGGAAGAAGUUGUACCACCUGCUAUUUUGUACAGAUUCAUUGCCACCUUCAUUUCAAUGUGGAAGUUACGGGUCAGUGAAAGUUCCAGUCGUCUGAUGAUCUUUACAGACAGUGCUGAUGUAACCAUCGAUAGAUACCACGAUAUGAGAUUUGACAUCCGGGGAAACAGAUUUAUAGUUUCUCUCACACACAAGGACAACAAAGUUUCCAUUGUAUCAACAAUUGCAUCUACAGUCCAGGAAUGUCUCACACAUGCUAUCACAAACAUUUCCAAUUUCUAUUUCUCAGUUUCAGAGGAUUCUGCUUGUACUAGAGAUUUACCGUUUAACAUUCAGAUUGGUAUUGUUUGUGGAACAGAACUUUGCUUUUUUGACCAUACAUUGUCAUCCAAGGAGGAAUGGACAUGCCCAGAGCACAAUAGAAAGCACAUGACUAAUUUAGUGUCAAAAUGGUUUGCAGACAAGUUUCCUACAGAAGGUGACAGAUGCCCUGAAGAUUGUUCAGGCUUAGACAAUGUAUGGUUAGAGCGUUGGCCUGAGGACAAACAUAUUGGACGUCUAGCAUCUAAAAUGACGGGUUCAGACACACGGAAAAUAUAUAUGCGUUUGAAGGAAAAAGAACCAGCUUUGUCGUGGGAAAUUAUCAACGAAUCACACCAAAGAGGAGGAUUUGAUAUAAAGAUGUAUGCUUUAUAUGAUUGGAAGAAGAGUACCCAGUAUCCCUUAUUUAAAGAGCUUGAACGUAGUCUGAAGGAGGAAGAAAUAGAUAUUCACAAACUGUGCCAGAUUACAAGAGAAGUUCAAAAGGAAUUCGACCAACCAAAAGAAAGAUUGAUACGCAGACCAUCAACUUCCAAUAUACAGAAACUACCUGAUCAUAUUGGUAAUCAAACAUUCCAGCUAGGAAUAGAACUUGGACUUUCUGUUGUUCAGCUGCAACAAAUUGCAAUGAACCAUGUAAGAAAUCUUCGUAGCCAAACAGAGGAGGUCCUUAAAACAUGGCGGAGACUACCAGAAGCUACAUAUGAAGUUUUAACGAAGGCUCUUCAUCGCCUUGAUUUAUCUAGUGUUUUAGCAUACUUAACAUAUGACGUAGGACAAGAGGAACAAGUUGAAGAUAAAAUCGUACACGACAUAGUCAUCAGCCAGAUUUUAGAUUAUAUGAUGACACAUUUGGUGAUAUCACUAGAUGACAGGCGGAGCAUUGAACAACAUGCUAGGCAAGAUGACCAGAAUAAAGCUUUGCUUUAUGAAGUAAAUACAAGGGGAGAACCUACGUAUACUGUGUUCGUUGAUGCACUCCGAACAAGUGGAUACACAGAUCUAGCAAAUGAAUUGAAAUGUAAUUCACAAGAAGAGGACUCCAGCAUAUUAUUAGUAAAUGAUGAAAAUAAAGGCUUGUCAAAGUGGACAGUUCCGAUGUAUAAAGUUCGUCUACAAAAGAACUAUUCAAAGAUCAUUGACAGCAUACAGCAUGAGAAAAUAGUCGAUCAUCUGAUAUCACAUGAUGUGUUGACCAUAGCUGAUAGUCAAAUGAUAAAUGCCUGCCCAGCACAGAUACAACAGAACAGGAAAUUAAUCGACAUACUUUUGCACAGCAGUGAAAAUGGAUUUCUUGAAUUCCUCAACGCUCUUCGAGAAGACUCUGUAUAUGCAGAACUGGCAGAUGAAAUAGAAAACACAACUGUUUUAAGCAGAGAUAUAUCAACCUAUCGGAGUUGUUUCAAAUGAACUACAAGGUUAAAUGUAUAUAUUUUCAUGGUAAAUAUGCUGGCUUA